AUAAGACUUAAAACUUGUAAGUUCUUUCUUUCUUGUCCUGUCUUGUCUCUGUUCUCUGGUUAUCUGUUCUUCCUCGAAGUUAAGGACAAAAGCUUUAUAAAGAGGUUUCUCGUUAUAUCAUAAGUAUAUAAACUGAGAGAGAGAGAGAGAUGUACAUGAUAGAGAGCAAAGGAGGAGCAAUCAUUUGUAUGCUCUUGGCUCUGUUCUUUUUAGGGACAUGGCCAGCAAUCAUGACUCUAACCGAAAGACGCGGCCGGCUCCCUCAACACACUUAUCUUGACUACACAAUCACAAAUCUGUUAGCUGCAGUGAUCAUAGCAUUCACACUAGGCCAAAUUGGCCCAAGCAGACCAAAUUUCAUCACACAGCUUUCUCAAGAUAAUUGGCAGUCUGUGAUGUUUGCAAUGGCUGGAGGAAUAGUUCUUAGCCUUGGAAACUUAGCAACACAAUAUGCUUGGGCUUUUGUUGGUUUAUCAGUCACUGAAGUCAUCACAGCUAGUAUCACAGUUGUUAUCGGCACAACUUUGAACUAUUUCUUGGAUGAUAGAAUCAACAGAGCAGAGGUCCUUUUCCCGGGUGUAGCUUGUUUCUUGGUCGCUGUUUGUUUGGGAUCGGCUGUUCAUAAAUCAAAUGCAGCUGAUAACAAAUCUAAACUCCAAGAUUUCAAAAGUUUAGAGACUGCUUCUUCCUCUCAAAUAGAAACAAAUCAAGCAAACAGCAGAUUAGCGAAAGGGAAAGCAAAGGAAGGGACUGCAGAAUUUCUUGUAGAGCUUGAGAAACAAAGAGCUAUAAAGGUCUUUGGGAAAAGCACAAUAAUUGGACUGGCAAUAACUUUCUUUGCCGGUCUCUGUUUCUCUCUGUUCUCACCUGCAUUCAACUUAGCCACAAACGAUCAAUGGCACACUUUGAAACAUGGGGUUCCUAAACUCAAUGUCUACACCGCUUUCUUCUACUUCUCAGUCUCUGCAUUUGUGAUUGCUCUGAUACUUAACAUCAGGUUUCUUUACUGGCCAAUACUUGGUCUCCCAAGAUCUUCUUUCAAGGCUUACCUAAAUGACUGGAACGGUCGAGGCUGGUCUUUAUUGGCUGGAUUUCUCUGUGGAUUUGGUAAUGGUCUUCAGUUUAUGGGCGGUCAAGCUGCUGGCUAUGCAGCUGCAGACGCUGUUCAGGCACUUCCACUUGUGAGCACGUUUUGGGGGAUAUUACUGUUUGGAGAAUACAGGAGAUCAUCGAGAAGAACAUAUGUACUUCUUACCAGUAUGCUCUUUAUGUUCAUAGUUGCUAUCGCUGUUCUUAUGGCUUCAUCGGGACAUAGAAAAUGAUUUGAAAAGACAAUUCACUGGAACAUCUACAAGCUAAACAGCUAAAAGGAUCACAAUUUUAGUUCAUAAACUUGUCAAAAACCCACCAGGAAACCAGCUUGAGCCUUUAAAGAAGAAUGAUUAACUUCACUAAUGGCUGUAACAUGUUCAAGUCUUUUGGUUGAAUUGAACCAAAAGUGUUUAGAUAUUAUCUUUCUUGGUUU